UGUCCUCAGUCAUGAGCUACAACCUAUCCACAGAUAAAGAAGAAAGCAGGUAGGAGCAGCUGAACCUGCUUUCUUUUCUCUCUGUUUCUAACCGGAGUGAGUUUGUCCUCGUAUUUUCCUUGUCUUCUCUACUUUGGUAACAGAUAUUGAAAGUUAAAGAGGAAAGCCUUUGCCACUAAAUGCAGCAUGGGGUCUGAUGAGGCAUACAAUUUUGUCUUCAAAGUGGUCUUGAUAGGGGAGUCUGGCGUAGGAAAGAGCAACCUUCUGUCUCGCUUCACUAAGAAUGAGUUCAGUCACGAGAGUCGUACUACCAUCGGCGUCGAGUUCAGCACGCGGAGUGUUCAGCUGGACAACUACACCAUCAAAGCCCAAAUCUGGGACACAGCUGGGCUGGAGCGCUACAGAGCUAUCACCUCAGCGUAUUAUAGGGGAGCCGUUGGAGCGCUGUUGGUUUAUGAUAUUAGCAAGCACCUGACUUACGAGAGCGCAGAUCGAUGGUUGAAAGAGCUCUUCGACCAUGCAGACCCUCACAUCGUGGUCAUGCUGGUGGGAAACAAGAGAGACUUGGAUACCCUCAGAACCGUGCCAACAGAGGAGGGCAAGGACUUUGCAGAGAAGAGAGGUAUCUUGUUCAUGGAGACAUCAGCGUUGGACUCCACCAAUGUCGAAGUUGCUUUCAAUAAAGUCCUCAUAGCGAUUCAUAAGAAGGUGGCCAGCAGGGAGGUGACCCGCGGCUCCAUUUGUGCCGUGACCCUCUCCAGCCCCAUCGGACUCAAAGGCGAGGCACAGGGGGAGCGGAGAAACUGCUGCAAGAGCUCCUAACAGACUGCUCUGCCCGGUAAAGACCUGCUCUGCCCAAAGUGAAACCAACGUCACAAUUGACUGUCGCUGAAACUUAAGCGUGACGUCAUUCACAUCCAAUUUGAAGAGCGAGGUACCUGCUUAACACUUGAGCAGUCAAUAUGCAAACCUCUUUAAAUAUAAAAGCUCAAAAACAAUAGAUUAAGAUCUGGAUUUUGAGAAAAUCUAUAUUUGAUAUGCUAUAUUUCUUGUGGUGGCUAAUGGGUGUGUUUUACUAGAGGUAGAUGUGCAAUUUUUUUUAAAAGACGUAAAGUUGUAUUGCUUUUACGAAGCAAUGCACUGGGAUUCACUUGGAAUAAAUUAUUUACGGCAUUCUGUCUGUGUGUGUAAUUGCCACACAAAGUCAUGACUUCAUUAUCUGCAUUAGACACGUUAUCUGAACUAGAGGAGGGAAUAGGAGAGAGGGCUGAUCUGACAUAAUGAGUGGUGGAAGAAGUAGUGAGAUCCCCAAUGUAAAACAACACUGUUAUCAGUAAGUUACUUUAGUAAAAGUGCAGAAGUUUAAUCAACAAAAUAUAGUCUGAUAAGACUAUUGUAUAUAUUACAGGGAUGUUAUUAUUGAUGCAUUAACAUGUAAGCAGUGUUUAAUGUUGAGGCUGAUGAGGUGAAGCAAGCUUUAACUAAUUUAUAUGCUGUUGGGUAGUUCAAUCUCUAAAAAUGCAUAAUAUGCGUGUCUAAAAUCUGGAACGACGACUAGAGAUGUCAAAUAAAAUUGCUUUCCACCACUGGAUAAAAUAUCUGGCAGUUGUAGACAUGGGCCUGUUGGGGGUUGCUCAUAGACAUUGCUUCAUAUUAUCAUUGAAAAAUAACUGAACACUAAUCGAGUGCGUUGCAGGUUUGUCUCCCAUCAGCCUGUAGAUGUCAGUGCUGCUGCAUGCUGCAUUUACAGCAUCAGCACUGUUUUGUGCAGUGCAUUUGUUCGCUCGCUCAUUUCCUUAUUAACUCCAGCACGACUCGUACCGCCGUCUAAUCCAACUGUUCGUUUCAUUAAUGACCAUAAUAUUAAGCUCAUGCGGCGCUGCAGUGUUGUCGCCAUGGUAGCAAUCUCUGAUGCCCUCUCGACAAGCUAAUCAGCCGUGCCCAAAACAUUUAUUCACAGAUCGAAUGGUUAUAUGUUGUACAGACUAUGGGUGUAAUUGGACAGGCUCAUAUGGCACGACUGAGAGAAUACAAAUCUACAGCAGUGGUAGUUGUUAAUGACAUUUUGGACAGAUAGUGCUCUAUCUCUGGCUCACAGAUGUGCAUAAGGGAGCUUUCAAUGUGGUGUGUUUGUGUGUGUGACUGUGUCUCCAAGCAAGGCUUUUCUGCCUGAGGAUCAUUUUGCGAAAAUGAAAUGACCACAAAUUCUUUUAUUAAGUUUCUCCACUGUAACCAUGAUAGGGAAGGCUCUGCACCGGGCAAUGAAUUUUUAAUUAUUUCCUGUGAAUGAGGGUAUUUUAAUGGGCUGAGUUAAAGCAUCUGGUGUAAUAAUCCAUGUAGGCCGAGCAGGCUGCACUUGUUGAAAGGUCACGAUAUCUGUAAAUCUCCUUCCGUCCAGAGCCUGAAGGUAAAGGUUAUCUUUGCAAAAGUAAUGAAAUAAAAAAAAAAUGACAUGCUCUUCUUUUAUCUUUGUAAGCUACCACUUUACAGAAUCUCGCAAAUUGCCCCUGGAUCUGUGUGUAGACCACUCUCUGACCUUGUUCUAAAGUGGUCGGAAAGACUUAGAUUUAACACAUGCAUGUGGUGGCUAUUACCCACAUGCUACUUGACAUGUGUAGCUUGUAAAAAAAAAGUCUUUGAAACCAAGUCUCGUAUAUGCUAAAGGGUGAGUGGUUUGGCAACUCUGACCCCAACAUGGAGCUUUCUAUCUCCCUUUUACGACACCUCCUCCAGCGCUUUGUGGGGAAUCUUGUCCCCCUAGAAUUUACUGCUGCAAUAUCACAUCUGUAUGUGACCUUUGUGUUCUUAUGACCUUUCACCCGAGGAACAUGGAUCUUUUUAAAACCCAUACUUUCCAUCCAUUAUUUCGGUUGCCUUGCUAUUUCUCUUCCCCUCUCCCAUUCCUCAUUUCCCAGACACCUAACUUUUUUUUCUACUUAUUUUCAACUGGCUUUACAGAGCUGUUUUCCUGCUGUCUAUUUCUGCUUCCAUCGUCUGUUUACAUGUGAUAAUCAGAGACUGACAUAAGACCCCGGGAACAUUUAUUCAUAUACACAUAAGAUCUCUAUUUUGUAGUAUUUUUGCACAUCGCUGCUGUCCCGUGAAAAACUUGUACCUCCAUAAUGUCAACUUUUCAUAAACUAACAAAAAUAGCAGUUUGCAGCUUUGUGAUGAUGCAUUUUUUUCCUAUUAAUUCAACAGAUGGUUUAUUUUAGGAUGUAGAAAUAUCUUCUCAACCCAUAAUCCCAACCAAAUUUGGAGAUACGGGGUAUUCAUUUGACAGUAAUAAUAUCAUAAUGUUAAAGUACAGAUGUCUUGGGCAUAUCCUUGUCAUCAAGAGCGAGAUCUAUGGUUCGUUACCAUUGUGUCACAUUGGCUGAUGUGCCAUGUGUGCAUGUAUAUAUAUAUAUAAUUGUGUCUGUAUGUGCGCGCACACCUCCACAUGUGCACACAAACACGAAAACAAGACCAAAGUUUAAACACAAGUGUGCGACAAGCCGACAUUCCUCCGUCCUCCUGCAUCUUUCAGCGCAACUCAGCUGAGAACAUCAAUUCAUGGUUUCUCUGUCAUCUGACAUCAUCACAUAAAUAGAAUCACACUCAAUGCACGCCGAUUACCAUGGUGAUGUUGUUAUGGCGACCGAUCAAAGGGAGAGGUGAGCUGAUGGGUGUCUGUAUAUUCAGAGUCUUUACUCAUUUAAAAAUGUGCAGUCGAGAGAGAGAGAGAGCUGAGAUGUGAAUUGUGGCCUGAAGGUGAUUGCAGAGAAAAUGUUAAGUGUGUUAUU